AUGGCAACUCAUGGUGAGUAUCUGAAAGAUCGAAAAGCAUUCAAAUCGCCAAGAGUCCUUGCUUAUUUGUCAUCUUUUCCAGGGUUAAUUGCAGAUAAUGAAUGUGAAGGGAAACAAUGCUGGCUGGAGCUCUUAGGAUACAACGCAAACGAGGCAGUCGCCAUAAUCCAGGCUCAGAAUCACAGGGUGGAGGCCAUUGUGGUGCACGUCGGGGAUUCCAUUGUACAGGAUUUCCGAUGCACUCGGGUGUGGGUUUGGGCGAACGAUGACAAUGUAGUCGUUGAAGUCCCUAAAGUUGGAUAG